AUGAGGCCACUAGUAGAACAGGUAGACUCGAAACCGUUCUUCAGCAUCUACAACUACAAUUAUGAAGAUGUGCUCACCAGUAUUCCAUACAAUUCAGAGAUUGGUGAAGAAAUUAAGCAAACGGGUAACAUUAGAAUCAUUGCAAAAAAAAUUAGAGAAGGAAAUGAAGAAAUGUACGAAAUAUACACGGAUGGGAGUAAGGUCAAAGGGACAAACAGCGUAGGAGCGGCUUGCUUCUGUCCACAGCUGGACGUUAAGAUCACCAAAAGUAUAAAUCCUAAAUCAUCAGUGUUCACAGCAGAAUGCAUAGCAUUGAACGACGCAUUGGAAUUAGCUCUCCGGCAUACUGAUCAAACAAUUUGUAUUUUUACGGACUGUCUCAGUGCCUUGGAAGCUCUUAACAGGCCGAAACUUUUAAUUAAGGACAACGACUAUCUGUUGCAAAUUCGAAAGAAAUUUAAUGAAUUUAAGAACAGAUCCACCUUUGCUGAAGAACCAAAACUAUACUGGAUCCCGUCUCAUAUGGGCAUAUUCGGAAAUGAGGAAGUCGAUCAAUUAGCGAAAUCAGCUACAGAAGUCAUUCGACCUGAAAUUUCGCGCAUUCCAUUCACCGAUUUCAAAGAAGGAUUUCGAAUAGCUUCAAAGAAAAACACAUCUGAACAGUUACGAGAUCAGGGGGCAUUGAAGGGCAAAAAUUACUUCGAUAACUUCUUCGAUAACUCCUCCAAGCCAUGGUUCUAUAAAUAUAAAAAAUUGAAACGCAACACAAUCGUAUGGAUAAAUCGACUGAGAGCAAACCACUACAAUUUGAAGUCAUCAUUAGCCCGGAUAGGAAUAAUCAGCGACCCCGCUGGCGAAUGCGGGCACCCAGAGGAAGACGUUGAUCAUAUUGUUUGGCAGUGCCCGAGGUUCACUGAACAAAGGAAAAGAAUGGAAGAGAGAAUUGUUAAACUUUGUCCAACACCACGUAUUAUGUCAAACAUCUUGUAUAAUAUGAACCCAAUCGUCAUUAAAUCCAUAGAUAAGUUUCUUAUAGAAUGCGAACUUCGUAUAUAA